GUUGGGCAUCGUGGUGAUCUACCGGGCGCGCUUCCAUGGCCAUGGGCAAGUGAGGCUCAGGGAAUGUCCAGUGAUUGGGCGAUCCCAAAACGACGACUUCGUGCACUACAAGGACGUGAUUGCGGGGUACAAGAACAUCUUUUUUGUGGCCGCGGGGCGUGGCCUGAUGGUGGAGUCCUACAUCCUAAGGAAUGCGGGGACAAUCGUCGCGAAGAUGGACUGCGAGAACACCAUGGAAAGGGACAUGGCGGUGAAGCGGCA